AUGAACUACCAUAAUUCCACCGUCGUAGGUCUCCGAGAAGAGUUUACGCGUCGAGGUCUCUCAAGUACCGGCAUCAGGCUUAAGAAGGAUCUGAUAGCUCGUCUGCAGCAACAUGACAAUGACAACAACGUCAACGCGCAACCUUCUGUCGUGAACUCAGAACCCGACUUCGACUCAUCAUCAGUCACAGUCGAAGCAGACGAGUCCUUGCCUGCCACAGUCAAAGCCGAAGCUCUACCUGUGCCACCUUACGAACCAUCAGAAUAUGGCUCCGACGACCUAUUCGAUGAACUCGACGCCGAUGCUCUGAUUAGUGCGAGCCAGCAGUCUCAGUCCGCCUUUCCCAAGCCCGAGUCCUCCUUCGCUAUCCCUCCGACUUCCAAACUCAAGCGUCCUCUUCCCGAAGACAAUGACGACGAUGACUUUUCGGGCGAUGACAUGUUCAACGAUCCGAGCAUCGAAGAGAUAUGGACCUCAUCACAGCAGGAGCGACGUGAUGCAGCACCACCGGCAGAUAAGUCUGAGCACAUCGCUCUAAUCCGUAGGCUACUGCGAGAAAAGUUCGGUUAUCCUGGUUUCCGUGGUGAACAGGAGAAGGCCAUACUUUCCAUAUUGAGAGGCGAGAACACUCUGACCAUCUUCCCUACAGGUGCAGGAAAGUCGCUUUGCUACCAGAUCCCAGCAAUCGCUUUUCCGCUUAUAGACAAGAUGAGUGGUAACGAACGACCACAUGGAGCUGGCAUCACACUUGUCGUUUCACCUCUCAUUGCGCUUAUGAAAGACCAGACAGAUGCCUUGAAGAAAAGAGGCGUCGCUGCUGAUUGUUCUGACUCGACAAAGACGUAUGAGCAGCAUCAACAAAUUCACGCCGACAUCCACUCCGGAAAAUUGCGUCUGCUAUACGUGUCUCCCGAAAAGCUCUCCAAUGAAGCUUUUGUUGCAAGCAUGAAACACGUAGCAGGCGGUGUCAGGCUCGUUGCCGUCGAUGAGGCUCAUUGUAUAUCCGAGUGGGGCCACUCGUUCCGCCCAACUUACUUGAUGGUCGAGCGUUUCACGAAAGAAAUCAAGGCUGAAAGAGUCAUCUGUUUGACAGCGACUGCCACGCCCAAAGUCGCUGACGAUGUACGCGCAGCCUUCAAUAUCUUAGAGCGCAACGAGUUCCGCACCAGUCCGUAUCGCCCCAACCUUAGGCUGGAAGCGGUCGCUACGGACUCGCAAGAAGCAAAGCUUCCGCUGUUGUUCAAAUGGCUCAGAGAACAUCCAGGUCCUAUCAUAGUCUAUGUCACCCUCCAACAACAAGCAGAGGAUUUGUGCAAGACACUACGUCAGAAGUCGUUCAACGCCGCCUUCUAUCACGCCGGCAUGAAAGUCGAAGAANAAACGGCCGUACAAGACAGCUUUAUGGCUGACGAGAUCAGAAUUGUCGUUGCAACUAUCGCUUUCGGCAUGGGCAUUGACAAGUCAGACAUCAGAGGAGUGGUCCACCUCGACCUCGCUUCGACAGUCGAAGAGUACAGUCAGCAGAUUGGUCGCGCAGGAAGAGAUGGAGAGCCGGGCUUUUGUAUCAUGUUCAUCUGCCAUGCAGACAUCUACUUGCGUCAAAACUUCAGUCUCGGCGACCUUCCUUCUCGCAAUUCAUUGCUACGCCUGCUCAAAGACGUGUUAGGCCGCGAGCGCACACCGGACGUCGAAGGAGAGGUCAUCAAAUUGGCACACCGCGAUCUAUCAACCCUUUACGAUAUUCGUCUUAGCCCGCUUGGUGUCGUUUUUGCUGCGCUCGAAUUGAGGUUUGGUCUCUUGCGAGCUAUCACACCGGAAUAUACCAGUUAUCAGUUCGAGGAUAAGGGUCGUUACCACGCUGUAGCUUCCAGCGAUCACUCGCCAGAGGCCAGAGCCAUCUACUCAAUGUCGACCAAAGCCGUCAAGAACUUCACUUUUGACAUGAACGCGGCCACUCGAAGAGGCCUCAUGCGUGCGGAUCUUGUCAGGAAGCUGGAUAGCUGGAAUGCUACUGGAGUCGUUAUGCUGAAGACCUCAGGCGUCAUGAACCGCUACAGAGUCUUGAGUCCUCCGCCUACAGCCGAGGAAGAUAUACAGGCUCUAGCCGAUGAUCUAUAUGCAGAUAUGGCCCAGCGCGAGAAGGACGCUCUUGGUCGUAUUGAUCAGAUGGUGGGUCUUAUCACUGGAAAAAGCUGUUUUGCCCUUGGUCUUGCGCAGCACUUUGGCAUGGAGCUGUCAGACGGCAGAAGUUCGUGUGGCCAUUGUACCUAUUGUGCCCGGNGGGAAGCAGCAACCUUGUCGCCUAAGCCAGCUCCACCAUUAAACGUGGAAGGUGUCAAACGGGUUCUGGCCGUUUGUCCCCACGACGAUUCUAGACUUCUGGCGCGCGUUGCUUUUGGCAUAAAGAGCCCGAGAAUCACUCAGCUCAAGUUGGACCAGAACCCAGUGUUCGAGUCGCUGGCUGAUCAUGAGUUUAGCACUCUGCUCAGGGAAUUUGAGGCAGCUUGUAGAACUGCUGCCCGUGGGCCUCUGGAUGUGAUGCCAACCCCGGUGAAGGCUAAAAAUUCGCCGACAGCGACAUGGAGCGCAGAUCGCUCAGGCUCAGCUAACAGUGCCAGAGGUCGGGGAGGAACCAACAGCUACAGUCGUGGAGGAAGUAAAAGCUAUAGCAGUGGCUACAAGAGAGGAGGAAGUAGCAGUGGAAAUAGCUACAGCAGAGGCGGCUACAAGCGAGGCCGUGGAUCAUACGGUUCCUACCGUUGA